ACUCAUAUUUUUUUAGACAGACAUCAGCAGUUUUCACUUCUCCAUCAAGGCGGCUCACUUCCUUAGAGAGCGACAGACUGAUAAUUCAGAAGAGGACAGCAGGAGCGUGUCGCACAGCUGUGUUUUAUUUCUCUGUAAAGCAGCACCUAUCACAGCAGCUGCUUGGGAGUAUGUGAUGCCAGUCUUAUCAGACAGAGAGUCUGGCUCCAGACUGAGAGUCAUCUGGUCUGCCCAUCCAAGAUGACAUGAAAUGGCCUCAUUGGAGAAGGAUACACUGUACAGAUGGGUUUUCUGCCAUGAAACCAUCCAGGAUUCCUCUGACCAGUGACAAACCAAAGGAAUUGGCAGCACGGUCCAAGAGCAUGGUGCUUGGUGAGUUGUCCCGGGUCUCCAGGCCCUGCUCUCCUCUGGAUCAGGAGAAAGCACUGAAGGCAGGCUGGCUUAAGAGACAGCGGAGUAUCAUGAAAAACUGGCAGCUGCGUUGGUUUGUCCUGAGGACUGAAGCUCUGUAUUUCUACAAGGACCAGGAUGAAACCAAGGCACAGGGUUGUAUUCCUCUUCAGGGCAGUCAGGUCAAUGAGCUGCCUGCCAAUCAGGAUGAGCCUGGCCGCCACCCCUUUGAAAUUAUUCCAGGGGGGACUGGAGAAAAGGAUCGGACAGGUAUAAGCCAUGAAUCUUUCCUGUUGAUGGCCAGCUCUCAAAGUGACAUGGAGGAAUGGGUCAGAGCCAUACGUAGAGUAAUAUGGGCUCCACUCGGAGGAGGUGUCUUUGGGCAGCACCUAGAGGAGACAAUGUUGUACGAGACCCAGUGUGGCCCUCAGCGAGUGGUCCCUGUGCUGGUCGAACAGUGUGUAUGUUUCAUACGUGAACAUGGGCUCAAGGAGGAGGGCCUUUUCCGGGCCCCUGGGCAGACCAAUCAUGUCCGUGAGCUGCAGGAUGCGUUUGACCGUGGCGAGAAGCCAGUGUUUGACAGUACCACAGAUGUCCACACAGUGGCAUCACUGCUAAAGCUGUACAUACGGGAGCUACCGGAGCCUAUAAUCCCAUUCUCCAAAUACACACAGUUUCUCUCUUGUGCUCAGCUUCUUACCAAGGAUAAAGCAAUGGGUAUCACAGAGCUAGGCAAACAGGUAAAAUCCCUUCCACAGGUCAACUACAACCUCCUUAAAUACAUCUGCAAGUUUCUGGACGAGGUUCAAUUUCACUCCAAUGAGAAUAAGAUGAGUGUUCAGAAUCUGGCCACUGUGUUUGGACCCAAUAUCCUUCGGCCCAGAGUGGAGGAUCCAGUUACUAUGAUGGAGGGAAGUUCACAGGUGCAGUAUCUGAUGACUGUACUGAUCAGUGAACACGCCAAACUUUACCAACAGGAGGAGCUGAAAACUGAGACAGAGAUUCCCCCACAGCAACAGCAGAGUCCUAUCAAACGUAGCAAAGUGGAAUGGCUCUCACAAGAAGACACUGACCCCCAACCCUCCUCAGGCACAUGUUCCAAAACCCUUAAAGAGAAAUCCCAAUCUUCCACCCCUUCUACAGAGAGUAAGCCGACUGCACCGAGCCCCAUUACAACAUCUGAGAAGGGUGAGGAUGGUCAGAUUGAAGAGAAGGGCAAAAGCAAGAUAGAGGAGAAAGUGGACAGAAAAGCAGAUAACAAAACUGAAGGGAAAGGUGAAAGUGAAGUAGCUAUUAGCCCAAGUAAACAGUCUAAAGCCCUGCCCUCCUGGAGGUGCUCCUUCAAAGGCAGUGCAGCAUCUGGUGGCACGAGGGGGAAAAUAGGGGGGUCGGCAGGGGAUGUGUCAGCAGCUGGUGGGAGCAACUGGCUGAUGAAUGGCCUGUCGUCCCUCCGAGCUCACAGGCGCACCACCUCAUCAGGUGAAAGACUUAAAGACUCUACUCUGUCUCUGAAGGAUUCUACACUUUCCCUUAAAGAGACCACUCUUUCACUUAAGGACUCACAGAGAGACUCUGAGGAGGACUCCCCUCAAACAGCCCUUUCUCACAGAGCCCUCCACCAAUCCCACAGGCUGUCUACCUAUGACAAUGUUGCCCCCUCCAGUCUGAGCCUGCCUGCUGACACCUCGUCCAUGUGGACGUCAUUUGAGAUCUCAUUGACGGAGCCAGAGGGAGGUGAUAAGUCAAUAAAAUUAGGGCAAAGUCAGGAGAGACCCACAGAAGUGGGGGACAGUACAAAUACCCUUGAUCAUGGUGCAAGCGGCACUGAGGAGGAUCUCCCAGGAACAAAUGAAGGUCUCGCCAACAUGCUGACCCAGGUCAAGCAGGAGCUAAAGAAACAGAGGACAAGCUAUGAAACCUGCAUUCGCAAGUUGGAGGAGUCCUGUUCCAAAUACCAGUCCCAAGUAAACUGCCUUGAGGAGGAGCUGGACCAAGAGAAGAAGAAGUGCCACAUGUUAGAGAUCCGACUUAGGAACUCGGAGAGGGCUCAUCAAGACGCAGAGAACCGCAACGUUCUCCUCCAGCAAGAGAUGGAGGAGUUCUUCAAAACCCUGGGAGAUCUGACCACAGGAGCAACACGGACCAACUAGAUCAGGCCAACCUGCCUUCAUCUGGUCCAUCAGAGGAGGAGGAGCUCAGUUACUGGGAAGACCAGCCAGCCCCAAAGCUUUGAAGACCAAAUACCUCUAGUGCAGUACUACUUGCCAUCGCGUCCUCUUUAGUACAGCCGUCUUGUGCCUACACUGAACAGUGCCGGUGCCAAACAAGAACUCCUCUGGACCAAGCACCUCUCAUUUUACCAUUCCACAAAAUUCCUUCUAGCUGUUUACACCAUAGGUUAUUUAGCUGCUUAUUUAUUGUGAUUAUAUUCCUCUGUAAGAGAGCAGAAAAAGCCUUAUAUAUGAGGUACAGGCUUUCCAUACACAACCUCUUCAUUUCCGCUUAGAACUCAUGUUCUUGAAAGAACUGUUAACUUGACAGUCAAAGAAACAACAAUGUGAGACAUUAAAAUUCAACUCUUUUAUUUGCUGGAGUUGAAAGUAGACAGUUUCCAUUUCUGAUGUAUCUAAUUAGUCUGUUAGUGAGGCAAUUUCAGAUCCAAAGGCUAAAAUUCACACAACUGGCCUUACAUAAACACAUCACAACAGGUUCACUCUUUGCUGUCAAUGUUUGGCCUAAACAUCAGAUGUCUGCAGCAUCAUCCCAGUAGUACUGAAUGGCUUUCCUUUCUUUCCUCUAAAUGUACCUGCACUAAAACCAGAUUUGCUCAGAGAAAACUCAUGCGUAGUCUAUUCUAUCUUUUCUAAUUUUGAGGAGGUGGAGGAGAGGAAAACCAAAAAAAGACGAAGCCACAACAGUUGAGAUGUGGUCCAGAAAGGGUCAGGACAUGCGUCACAAGCUCCAAAGUGCAUUCUGGGAGAUGAUGCUAGGGGUUACUGCCUGGAGUGCCCAACUAUGAAAAGGGCAUAUGGGACAGGUUGGGAAUUUGAGCCAUCAAAUACAUCCAAAGGUUAUCAUGGUAGGUAGCAAAUGCCUGUUUCCUGACUCUCAGAAAACAUACAUCUACAGUAAAAUGUACAGAUCAAUCACUGACUAUACUAAUCUAUGAAUUAUAUUGCACACAAAACAAAAAAAAACAAAAAUGCAUAUAAAUAGUACUUCUGAUCGAAAUGUACAUUACAUACAAUAGACACCUCCCUAGCUUGAAAUAAAUAAAUAAAAUAAAUAAAUAACAAAUAAAGACA